UAUCAAUCUAUGGCUUCAGCUACGUUUACAAUUUCUUGCACCGCCGCCGCCGCCACCCCCACCUCCUCUAAUCUUCAUAAACCUUCAAAGUUCUUACUUAACCCAAACCUGCCCAAGCAUCGCCGCAGCAAACUCUCAUGUGCCGCUUCCUCGUCAAAAGGUCAAAAUCCGUCCCCGGAAAUCAUCACUCCGGGGACGACACUUGACCGGAGAAAUGUCCUCUUAGGUCUCAGCGGUCUCUACGGCGCCUACAACCUAUCCCUUCCCGGUGGCGGCGCCUUGGCGAGUCCGGUCCCGGCCCCAGACAUUACCAAGUGUGGCCCGGCAACCAUUACCUCGAGCACUGAAAAAGUGCCCUAUUCUUGUUGCCCUCCCUUCUCCGGCACCAUUGUUGACUACAAGCUCCCGGAGUUCACCAAGCUGAACGUCCGGCCGGCCGCCCACGCCAUACACGAGGAUCAGUUGGAGAAGUACAAGACAGCCGUCCAGAGAAUGAAGGAACUCCCGGAAGAUGAUCCCCGGAAUUUUUACCAGCAAGCCAAUGUCCACUGCGCUUAUUGUAACGGCGCUUAUAAACUUGCCGGCGGUCAGGAAUAUCAAGUCCACUUCUCGUGGCUAUUCUUCCCCUUCCAUAGAUGGUACCUAUACUUCCAUGAGAGGAUUUUACAAUCCUUGAUCGGAGAUCCUACAUUCACCUUGCCGUACUGGAACUGGGACAACCCACAAGGCAUGUUCCUCCCAGAAAUCUUCGACGACAAGGCCUCGCCAUUGUACAACGAGGUUCGUGACCAAAGGCACCACAAGGAUCUCAUCGUUGACCUAGCUUACUCCGCCGGAGAAGCACUUAACACCACUGAACUCCAAAUCCUCCGGAACAACCUCGCGAUCAUGUACCGGCAAAUGGUGACCAACGCGCCGUGCCCGGCGCUCUUCUUCGGAAAUACUCUCCGAGGGGAGGGCUACGACACCAAGUCCGGCGGCGGGACCAUCGAGAACGUUCCCCACAACACUUUGCACCGGUGGGUCGGUGACCCCACAAUGACUAACAACGAGGAUAUGGGUAACUUCUAUUCCGCAGCCAAAGACCCGGUUUUCUAUUGUCAUCAUGGGAAUGUGGACCGGAUGUGGUCAGUUUGGAAGGGUUUGGGUGGCAAGCGUCGUGAUAUAGCUGACCCGGAUUGGUUACAGUCCGAAUUCCUGUUCUAUGAUGAAAAUAAAAAUCUUGUCAAGGUCAAUGUUCAGGAUUGCCUCGAUCACAAGAAACUUGGCUACACUUUCCAGGAUAUGCCCACCCAAUGGAUGAGAUCAAGGCCAACAUCAAAAAAGAAGACACAGUCCGCGAGAAGCACCAAAAUAUCUAUUCCCUUGGCCAUCAAUAUCUUACCAACAACGUUACAACAAACUGUAACGUUUUAUGUGAUGAGGCCGAAGACAUCGAGAUCAAAGCAAGAGAAAGCAGAUAUGGAGGAGUUAUUGAAUCUCAACUUAACAUAUGAUGAAACCAAGUACAUUAGGUUCGACGUGUUUCUCAACGAAGACAAUCUCUUAAAGGUGUUCGAGUUGGAUCGGGCAGAGUACCUGGGAAGUUUCGCCAACUUGGCUCACAUUCAUGAGAAUUCAAAUGAAAACCAACCAAAGACGACGACAUACAGCCUGGCCAUAACUGAACUACUUGAGGAUCUGGGGCUUGAACUUGAUAAAAAUGUUGCGGUUACGGUGGUGCCAAAGUAUAACGGUGAAUUCAUGACUAUAAACAGCGUCGACGUCUCAUUGUUAUCUUGUUAAGGGAUUGCUUUCAAUGCAAGCACGUUGCGGUAGGUGAUGUAUGUGUGAAUAGAAAAAUAAUGUCACUCGCAGGGGUCAUAUGAAUUGAACUAUUGAAGUAUGUUUCUUCAAUUCUAUUUUAUUCAAGAAUGAACUAA